CAUCCAUCUGGCCGGACGCCUCCUCCCCAUCGCCAGCCCCAGCCUCCUGGCUGCUCCUGCCCUGGGAAGGCCUGGAGGAAGAGGGCAGGGAAACAGCCCUUCCUCCUUCUCCCCCGUCCCUUCCAUCCACCCAGCACCAGCAUCUGGAGACCCCAUGGCCUGGGCUCGCUGGGGCUGCUGCCCCUGGCUUGUCUUCCUCUGUGCUUUGGGUGCCUGGGGCCACCCUAAAGCAGCGAACCUGAGAGGAGAGGAUGUGAGAAACUGUUCCAUCAGCCCUCCGUACCUUCCAGUUACUGCGGUCAAUACCACAGCGCAGCUCACGGCCCUUCGCCAGCAGAUGCACAGCCAGAAACUUUCUGCCUACAUCAUCCCCGAAACGGAUGCCCACAUGAGUGAGUACAUCGGCGAGCGUGACAAGAGGCGUGCGUGGAUCACAGGCUUUACAGGGUCUGCAGGUACAGCAGUAGUGAGCGUGGGGAAAGCAGGUCUCUGGACCGACAGUCGCUACUGGACCCAGGCUGAGCGACAAAUGGACUGCAACUGGGAACUGCAUAAAGAAGUUGAUAUAACUUCCAUAGUCACCUGGCUCCUCGCUGAGGUUCCCGCUGGAGGGCAUGUGGGUUUCGACCCCUUUCUCUUCUCCAUUGGUUCCUGGAAGAGUUAUUACACGGCCCUCAAAAACUCUAACAUACAACUGGUGUCCAUCACAAACAAUCUUGUGGACCUGGCAUGGGGGUCAGAGAAGCCUCAGUUUCCAAGCCAGCCCAUUUAUGCCCUGAAGGAGGCAUUCACAGGGAGCACCUGGGAGGAGAAGGUAUCUGACAUCCGCAGCCAGAUGCAGAAGCAUCACAAGGGCCCAACAGCCGUCCUUCUGUCGGCACUCGAUGAGACAGCCUGGCUCUUCAACCUUCGAGGCAGUGACAUCCCUUAUAACCCCUUCUUCUAUUCCUACACACUGCUUACAGACUCCUCCAUCAGGCUAUUUGUAAAUAAGAGUUGCCUUGACUCUGAGACCCUGAAGUACCUGAACUCCAGCUGCUCGGGCUCCAUGUGUGUGCAAAUUGAAGAUUACAGCCAAGUCCGUGGCAGUGUCCAGACCUAUGCCUCUGGAGACGUGAAGAUCUGGAUCGGGACCAGCUAUACUACAUAUGGGCUCUAUGAAGUGAUACCUCUGGAGAAACUCAUAGAAGAUACCUACUCCCCAGUGAUGGUGACCAAGGCGGUGAAAAACAGCAAGGAGCAGGCCCUCCUCAGGGCCAGCCAUGUGCGGGAUGCCGUGGCUGUGAUCCGUUACCUGGUCUGGCUGGAGAAGAAUGUGCCCAAAGGCACGGUGGAUGAGUUCUCAGGGGCAGAGCUGCUGGACAAGUUCCGCGGAGAGGAAGACUUCUCCUCUGGACCCAGUUUCGAAACCAUCUCUGCUAGUGGCCUGAACGCUGCCUUGGCUCACUACAGUCCAACCAAGGAGCAGCACCGGAAGCUGUCUUCAGAUGAGAUGUACCUGCUGGAUUCCGGGGGGCAAUACUGGGAUGGAACCACAGACAUCACCAGAACAGUCCACUGGGGGACCCCCUCGGCUUUCCAAAAGGAGGCAUACACCCGCGUGUUGAUAGGAAAUAUCGAUCUGUCCAGACUCGUCUUUCCUGCUAGUACAUCAGGGCGAAUGAUGGAGAUAUUUGCCCGAAGAGCCUUGUGGGAUGUUGGGCUUAAUUAUGGUCAUGGAACAGGCCAUGGCAUUGGCAACUUCCUGUGUGUGCACGAGUGGCCAGUGGGAUUCCAGUCUGGCAACAUCCCCAUGGCCAAGGGCAUGUUCACUUCCAUCGAACCUGGCUACUAUCAGGAUGGAGAAUUUGGGAUACGUAUUGAAGAUGUGGCCGUCGUGGUAGAAGCAAAGACCAAGUAUCCAGGGUCCUACCUGACCUUUGAAGUGGUGUCUUUGGUGCCCUAUGACCGGAACCUCAUUGAUAUCAGCCUGCUGUCUCCCGAGCACCUCCAGUACCUGAACCACUAUUACCAGACCAUCCGCGAGAAGGUGGGCCCAGAGCUGCAGCAGCGCCAGCUGCAGGAGGAGUUCCAGUGGUUGCAGCGGCACACGGAGCCCCUGUCUGCCAGGGCCCUGCGUACUACCUCUUUGGCUCCUCUGUUGGUGGUCUCCUCUCUUAUCAUCCUUGGCUGGAGUGUCUAGAGGCUCAGACUGGCUGGCCAAACCUCUAGCUCAGCAACCCUCAGCCAGCAACACUCACGCCCCAAGAGCCCCCACCAGCCCAUUGCGCAGGAAACCAUUGCCUUCAGCCUUCUUUUCCAGAACUAAGCCCCAGGGACACAGGGCUUCUUGGCCCCAAGCAAGCCCCCUCCAGGCUUGUACACCUCACCCUGGGCUCCCGACCCCCAGCCCUGGGAUAGGAGAGCCGGCUAGUUGCUUUCCUCCUGUGAACCCAGUAAGCACAACCUAUAACCUAGCAGAGCAUCUUACCACCACCCCCAUGCAAAACCAAUCUAAGGCAGUACCCGACUCUCAGGGGCUCCAUGGCCUUGAAGAGCCCCACCCUAUCGCCACCUGCUGGAUAUAGUCAGAGCUGUUCCCACCCCUACCGGCUCCCGACUUGUUGGUCUUUCCACACCCUUGAAGCUGCGUCUGACCAUCCCAACCUGCCCUUGGCCCUCCAGUGCCCUCCUGGCUGCAGUCCACAGGCUGAAAGAGCAAGGGCUGCCUUUAGGCUCCUUGCUGUGACUGGAGAGGCAGAGGAAGGGAAGGUGGCUGAGUCUUCUGGUUGCAUACUGCCACCAGGAAGGCCAGCCAGACAAGGGGCAUGGACAGCAACCUGCCCCACAUGUGAGCUCAUCACUUCUAAACCCUGGGUGGGCUCCAUGCCAAUUGACAGGACAGGGAGUGAAACCAUUACAAUUUGGCCAUGGGGUAGGAGGAAGUAUGGAGAGGAUUCUGGAACAUGACCCUACCCAAAGUUGAUAACAACCUCAGCAGCAGGGCCCAGUCACUAUCCCUGACUUGCCAGCACAUGCGGAACUCUUUUAAGUUUCCAAAAUGCAGCUACAGUGGCAAGGCUGUCAAAUCCUCCAGCAUCCUUGGAUGGUCUUUAACCUGUGUGGGCUAGCUGAACCUGUGUGAGUCUGCUUUCCCCAUUUUCCAAAUAGGAAGACUGAGCUCCAGAUGGGUGGGACCUCUCCAAGGACACACAGUAUUUGAUUGGGACCUGGUGGAGCACCAUGUAAAAUCCUUUAGCAUACCUCCAAGCCCUUCCCAAAGUCACUGAGCCUGCUGUUGGGGGCAGGGCAGAGGGGAGGGAGGGAGAGUUUUCUUUGGUCAGCCCUGCCGUUAGCCACCUGGGCUUACAUCCUGCUAGAUGCUUAAAACAGCAUGGCAAUGAAGCCUGCCUCUGGGUUUUGCAUUGCGUCUUCUGUAUUGCUGGGGACUGCUGUUA